GUUUUGGACAAAACAAACCCCUCAGCACAGACAGCUCUCAUCUGGUGAUCUUGGAGAAGUUCAGACCAGAUCAGAUCACCAGGAACGAAAGAGAUGACUUUCGGGACAUCAUCGACGCAAGCUUACGGUGAGACCUGGUACUGGAACAACCGCUACGCCAACGAAUCAGGACCCUUCGAUUGGUACCAGAAGUACCCUUCCUUAGCUCCCCUCAUUCGCCUCUACGUCCCACACAACCAUCAACGGAUCCUCGUCGUCGGCUGCGGUAACUCAGCAUUCAGUGAAGGAAUGGUGGAUGAUGGAUACGAGGAGGUAGUGAAUGUAGAUAUAUCCUCUGUGGUCAUCAAAGCUAUGCAAAACAAGUAUCAAAGUCGUCCACAGCUAAAAUAUGUAGAAAUGGAUGUUAGAGAUAUGGGUACUUUUGAAGCAGGUUCCUUUGAUGCUGUAAUUGAUAAAGGUACCCUGGAUUCUAUCUUGUGUGGUAAUAAUUCCCGUGGGAAUGCUACUCGAAUGCUUGAGGAAGUUGGGAGGUAUAAUGAGACAUGGUGAUGCUAUGACUGUUUUGUAAAUCAUUAAUUUGUGUUUUCCCUUGAUAUGUUCACCAUAUAUUGAAGCAGUUGAUAACAAACUAUAGGGUGCUCAAGGAUAACGGAGUCUAUAUUCUGGUACUUAUAAUUCUCUCUAUUUCUCUGACUAUGCCUUUGUUGCUUCAUUGCUUCUCCAUUUUUACGAUCCUUCUCUAUCAAAAUCUUCUUUUGGGUAUAAAUGUGAUGUGAUUCUUUAUUCAGUUUUAAACUUGCUAUGUGUGUUUCCAUCUGAUACUGAUCUUCUAAGUGCUGCAGAUAACAUAUGGAGCUCCAUCAUAUCGUCUCCCCUUGCUGAAGGAAUCGUCCUUAUGGAGCAUAAAAUUACACGUGAUAGGUUGAUUAAAUUCUUAUUCUAAUUCAUAUAUUGUUGACAUCACUCCUGUUUUGCUCUAAUUUAUGUAGGGAUAUAUAUUUCAGUGGUUUGGUUGGGAUCACUACCUUGUUCUGAUUGUUUUCUCCUCCUUUUGUAGCUUAUGAAGUCCUCUCCUAAAUGACAUUUGCCAGAACUUUCUUAGCUUUAAAUCUGCAUAAAGUAUAAGGAAAAAGGAAAUCAAUCCCGAGCAGAAGUUUUAAAGAAAAAAAAGUGCAUGAUUGUUAUUUCUUUCUCUCUCUUUUUCUCUUUUCUUGUUGGAAAAUUGUUAUUGCUUUGUUUGGUAGUUUUGGGGUAGGAGAGAAUGGUAGGUGUUAUGUAGUUUAAAUGGCACAUUAUGUUUGGAGCGGCAGACUGGUAGAGUUAUUUCAC